GGGAUUUACCAGGCAGAGAAGAGAUGGACUUGAGAAAAAGUUAUUAUAAAGAUGUUGAUGCAGCAGUCGUUGUUGUAGAUUUAUCCGAUCAAGAGAGCAUUGAGUUGGCCGGGACGUGGAAACAAGACAUUGUCAACCAUGCAGUUAUUACAAAUAAAAAAACAGAAAAGCAAAGUGAUGGCACGAUGAAAGUAGUUACAGAGUACACCAAAGCUGAUCCAAAGGAUAUACCAGUAUUAUUACUCGGCAAUAAAUACGAUAUUAUUGAAGAAAAAGAAAGAUUACGAAAAAUUGAUGAAAAUGAUGAAAUUCGAAGUGAUGAUUUUCUAGAAAGGACGAUAGCUUUCACGGUAAAGAAUAAUGCAAUGGAGAGUGGAUUGAACAUGAAAACAAUUGAUACGAAUGGUGACGUAAACAGUUCUGAUUCAAGAAGUGGAAGCAAGACUACCAAGACAACAGAUGAAGAUGAGUAUUAUAAGCCAGUGGAGGUUGUUAUUAUGGAGGAAAUUGCAGAGCUUCAUGGAUUUGUUGGCAGUGUAAUGGUGUCGGCAAAAGAAGCAGAUGGUAGCGUACAUACUGCAUUACAGUCAUUACUCAGACAUCUGAUAGAGAGGAAACUGAAACAUAAGGCUCUAGAAAAGAUGGAACUUCAACAGAAGAAGAGAUUAAAGAAGAAGAAAAGAGUUAAAGUCGCGAAAAAUGAUUCAGAUUUUGAAGCGUUUGAAGAGGUGGAUAUACCCGAGUUUGAUGAGUUAUUCCAGAAAUGUAACAUUCCUGUAAGACGAGCACAUGAGGAUCGUGAUUCCUAUUUGAAUGCUGUUAAAAAGUUCAAAGUAUGUUGUGCUGAUGCUGACAUUGUGUCAACACCAAGUGCUAGCAUGGAAGACUGUAUAUCUGGUCUCAGAGAAAUCAUCGGUAACCCUCAUGAUUUCAUGGCUGUAGACGACAAUGACUUUCUACAGUUGGUUGUCAAAGGUGAAUCCUCACUGAAAGUUCCAAUACGGAAAGCACUAAAAACUUUCCACUCAGAUGUUGUUGUAUCUUGUAAGAUUAUUCUACGAGACUGUCCUAAAAUUGAGACUAUGUUAGAAGAUCUGGAUGAGCAGAUCGAUACCACUGCAGAUGAUGCUUGGAACCUUGCAACAAAGUACGGAAAAACGCACAAGAACGUCAAGAACAUCUUACAGGUAGUGGAUAAAAACCGAGCACGGAUUAAAAAUGCCAGGAGUGCCGUGAGUCAGAAUCUUCAGGAUGUUGACAAUACUAAUAAGAAAGUGAAAGCAGCAAUAAUGUGGAGUCAAGAAAAGGACACAAUUAAAGAGGAUUAA